AAACAGGUGACGAAGCAGCAAUGGAGACUUUAGAAGAAGAAAACUUUGGCGUAUCCAUUUCUUCUCCUUCAGAUGCAGAAUUUGAUGCUGUUGUUGGAUAUUUGGAAGACAUUAUAAUGGACCAGGACUUUCAGCUCAUACAAAGAAACUUUAUGGAUAAAUACUAUCAAGAGUUUGACGAUACGGAGGAAAAUAAGCUCAUCUACACUCCUAUUUUUAAUGAAUAUAUCUGUUUAGUUGAGAAAUAUAUUGAAGAGAAACUCUUGGACAGGAUUCCUGGCUUCAGUAUGUCAACCUUCACCUUAUCAUUGCAGCAACACAAGGAUGAAAUAGCUGGGGACAUUUUUGACAUGCUUCUUACAUUUACCGACUUCCUGGCAUUUAAAGAAAUGUUCCUGGAUUACAGAGCGGAAAAAGAAGGCCGAGGUCUCGACUUGAGCAGCGGAUUCGUGGUGACAUCUUUGAGCAAGUCUUCUGUGUCUCCUUCACAGAACAGCCUGCGCCACUAGCUGUGACCUUCAAGCAAGAG